AUGGGCAUGGAAAAGCGCAUGCGCCGCGAUGAGCCUCGCACAAGGAAGACCCUCCGUGUGCGUCUCGGUCUGUGGCGGUCGAGAGAAGAGGAACGCUUCCGGACCAAGCCACGUGUCUCUGUCAGUCAAGUGCUGGGAGGCGGAUGUGCUGUGUCACAAAACUCAAUGGUGUGUGCGAAACAGGCGAUGGGAGGCAGAUGGAGGGCGUGGGCCAGCUUCCUCCUCGUGUUCCCAGUAUGGGGAAGGGAAAACUUGGAGGUGAGGAGGGAAGACCCCGAGUAUCGAAGGGAGGUGCGACUGGGCGGGAGCCCACUCCCCCUCGACCACCAGGUCGCCAUCUACAUCCCCGAUAAUCACGCGAAGAGGUCUCUCGUCUAUACACCCACAUGUCGACCCCCUGACCGAUGA